AUGGCCAUGGACUGGCAGAGCGAGGGCCUAAACACCCAGCCGGCGCCCCUUGAGAUCGUCAACCCGCAACCCGGCCAGCAGCACACACACACCGUCAUCUUCCUCCACGGCCGCGGCGACACGGCCCCAGACUUCGCACGGAGCAUCAGGUACAUGGCCUGGAGCAACUCAAAGCGCCAAACAGCAAUAGACGUCCUGCCGACCUUCCGUUGGGUCUUCCCCGACGCCGGCCAGAAGCCAUGCGCCAGGCCCGGCAUGCCGCCCUGCAUGAGCCAGUGGUUCGACGUCUGGGACCACCUCAAACUCCAGGACCACGAGGAGCUGCAGGCACCAGGGCUGCGGGAGAGCGCCGACCGCAUCAGGAAGCUGAUCGCGGACGAGGCGGCGAGGCUGGGCGGCAGGUACGACAAGAUUGUCCUCAUGGGUAUCUCCCAAGGCGGCGCUACAAGCAUUCACACGCUGCUGAACCUGGGGCUGCCGGAGGCUUAUUCCGGACCGAAGCGGCUUGGGGCCUUUGUUGGUGUGGCUUGCCGGAUGCCGUUCCCGGGCCGCAAUCUCAAUGACACGCGGAAGAUCCUUGAUUUGGAGGGAACGCCUAGUGACGAGCUGCUUUUGAACACGCCUGUUCUCCUGGAGCACUGCGUGGACGAUCCGACUGUUAUGUUCGCGGGCGGGAAGCAGUUGAGGCAGCAGCUUGAGGGUUAUGGAGCAUCGGUUGCCUGGAGGGAGUACCCGGAAGGUGGGCACUGGUUUAAGUCACCGGAGGGAUUGGAUGAUCUCAUUGAGUUCUUUUCUAAGGUGCUCCAUAGAAAUUAG